GCUUGUGUGGUUGAAACAGCGGCCAGACAUCACCCAGAUAAAGUUAUUCAGUUAAUGCUAACUUCACCUACAGUUAACCAGUCUGAUCCUAUCUAUGAGGCUUUAUUAAAACUCCCGAACGUCAAGAUGUCGUGGUUGGAUCUAAGCUCUCUCUAUGCGUUCGAACCCCUUAAAACGUGGCAUCUGAACCGCCGUUGGUUGAUGGCUGAAGACCGCGUGAACAUCUUCGUCAGCGACUCCGCCCGCGUGGAGCUUCUGCGUCGCUUCGGAGGAAUUUACCUCGACCUCGACGUGCUGGUCCUGCGCCCUAUGCCGACACACACGGAUUUCAUCGGCCGCGUCGACCCCAAGCAGCUGAAUGGCGCCGUCAUGAGCUUUCGUCCACAUCAUCCUUACGUUACGAACAUCGUGAACAUCCUUCCUAAGGUCCACGAUCCCUUCCAGUGCUGUACCAUAGGACCCGAUCUCCUUACCAAGCAACUCCACGCCCUCUGCCCUAAUAACUUCACUCUCCCCAAGUCCACGCCCGUCGACGCGUUCGAGACAUGUACAGACGUGACCGUGUACCCAAGCCCCGCCUUCUACCCUAUCUAUUGGCUACCAGGCCCUGAGUAUAUCCAGAGUAUUGUUGUCAUGGGGAAAGGUCUGGGGGAGAAAUUUAUGAAGGAGAACAAAGCCUACACACUCCACCUGUAUAAUUCCUUGUCACAGAAGGAUGUCAUAUAUCUAGGCGGUGAUUCGAUCUUGGAGACAAUAGCAAAAGCAUAUUGUCCUAAUGUGUAUAGGACUUUGCUUACGCGGCACUGGGCACUCUGA